CUAAAAGCAGUCGCGUCCCCAGGUCAGGAUCCAAACUCAUGUCUCAUCAUGUGCACAAAUGAGGAUCAUCCCAAAUGACGAUAGCUUUCACUCAGCGCCCAAUCCUAAUCCUCAAGUCGAAACACUCGAAACAGUCGUUUCCACAGCCACUCUCCCUCCAACCGAUCAGAUCAACGUCUUCCUUGCUGUCCCGCCAAAGGACUGGCCGCUGGCGUUGGGGGAUGCGCAUUUGCACCAUGUAAGAGGAGAAGAGGCAUUGACUGAUGCGUGGAGGAGACCGGACGAGCGUGUUGUGAAAAUCUCACGAUCAGGUCGGUUCACUGGACAUGAUCGAGAUUCAGCUGCAUCUGACCCUGGAGGAGUGGAGGAGAAGGAUCUGGAGAUAGUGUGGUAUACCGCAGCGCUGGAAUACCCUUGCUCAACCACGACUUCCAACCUUCAACCUUUACCACUUCACCCAGCACCUCAUCUCAUCCCUGCGGUGGGCAACAGCAUUUUACCUUGGUCAUCUGUAGAUCCUCCGGUAGAUUUGGAUCCCUUUCUGGACGAAUUAGAAGAGUUCGAAUAUGGUUGGGAGAGUGUCUCGGGUGAUUUUCGCUCGCUUGCCCAGGAUGUUACCGAUCGUCCUUCGUCGCCGAUCUUCUCGCAGGUCGAGCUCCUUGUUUCUGACCCAUCGAGAGGUGGUCUUCUGCGAAUGGACACGGAUGUCACUGUCAUCGAUGACCAGAGUUUGGAAUCUGACCAUAUGCCCAAACGUGACAAGGGGAAAGGCAAAUGGAUCGAGACCGGGGUGGAUGUUCAGAUGGAACAAGUCAGGGAUGUAGAUGUUGAAGAAUCAGAUGGACAGCCUGCUGGGAAUAAUCUGGAGGAGUUCACACCGGUCGUGUCGGUAUCAGUAAAUGUCGAGAGGGUGGAACGAACCCCAGAAGAGGAAGAUUGGACGAAAGAAAGUAAACGACGGAAAUUGUUGUGGCAAAGAUUGAUUUGUGCAGAUGAGAGAUAUGGUCGUAUGUGGUCUAUCAUACCCCGACCUCACGUUCGUGAACCUCCCUUUUCGUCAUAUGUUCAUCCCUCAAGAGGUCCACUACCAAAUUACAACCUCUUCCGUUCUUAUCAUCUCGUAUCGCAUCCUUAUCAUCCUAAUUUGCAUCGUUACAUCCGUCGAAAUCCAAAAGCGAGGGUACAUUGGGUUAUACCCAUACAUGGUCCUGUGAUCCUUCGGGAUGGUCCUUCUGAUCCAUUGCAAUUAUCUUUAUCUUCCUCUCACGAUCAAACAUCUGCCCCAAUUCACAGACCUGACUCUCACUUACCAAUACCUUCUAGUACACACAUGUCAUCCACGAAGACGUUCGCAAAAGACGGGCAAAAUCAAAGGACAUUAUAUCGAUCUAUCCCAACACCAUCACCUGCUAUCCUGAUUUUCCCUUCAUCUCAAACAACUGCCACCAAAGAUCCUACGACCUCUCUCCCACAUCAGAUGCUUGAUCGUACACGUCCAUUGUCAAAAGACUCGGAUGUUCCCUCAUUUCCGACCCCAGCCACUCUUUACUGGACUCCUUCCCUACUCCAACACGUCCUCGACGAAUUUUUCCUUCCUAUGCAGAAUGAAGGUUUAUUCGGUCCAGUUUCCAUUCGUCUUUCCGGUCCGAAACCUGAUCCUUUUCUUGAUCUCAUACCCUGUCGACCUCCAAAGGAACAUGCAUGUUUGCGUUCGAAAUUGUCAAGCGUCCAUCGCGCCAAUGCACCUCAAGAUGGACACAUUCCCAAGAGUGUGAACUCAUCAACCAAUGGGACAGAUGUAUUGAAGCAAAAGGGAAAGAGGAAGAGGGAUUCCGUCCAAGAUGGACUUGAUGGAGGCUCGAGUCAAUCUCAAAUGGCUGAUGCAGACACAAGUAUUGUUUCGGAGGAUCAAACUAGUCAAACAGUUGAGAGGAAGGAGGACAUACCUCCUGUAUCGGUAGAAACAGGAGAUCACAUCAGACUUUAUUGCGACGCAUCUAUAUCUUUGAGUCUUCGUACUUGGCUUAACGGGAUAGAAGUCGAUUCGACUUUUCUACAAACCUCUUCGAGUUCACUUUUCAAUCCUCAUAUUUCGGAUGUUGAAGCUGUGAAAGAGGGGAAUACACAUAAACGAGUGUUUGACAAAGUUCGUCUGACGUUGAUAGGUGAAAAAGGAGAAGUUCUCAUAGUAGCUUGAUACAUCUCAAGAUUUAUUCUCUCCUUAACAAAAAACAAUGUAGGUACCUAUGAUCCAGAGUGUUAGUGAAUGUUGUAUUAUUACGAUUAUACAAUGACACGUGCAUGCAUUUUCCGUUCUUUUUUGGUAAU